AUGGAGGCUGGCUCCGUGGUACGAGCAGUCUUUGAUUUCUGUCCCAGCGUCUCUGAAGAGCUGCCCCUCUUCGUGGGAGAUGUCAUCGAGGUGCUGGCCGUGGUGGACGAGUUCUGGCUCCUCGGCAAGAAGGAAGGUGUCACAGGGCAGUUUCCUAGCAGCUUUGUGGAACCUGUGGAUAUCCCCCCUUUGAAGCAGGGAGAAAAACUGUUUGUUUGCACCAGUGACUUCACAUCUCAAGAGCCAGGGAGCUUGUCAUUGCAGAGAGGAGACCUGGUGAUCCUGGGCGGGUCCCUGGCCUCCAGCUGGCUCCAGGGCCGAAGCAGCUGGGGUUCCAAGGGCUUUUUCCCAUCAUCAUGUGUGCGGGAGCUGUGCCUUUCAGUUCGGAGUCGUCAGCUGUCCCAGAGUGCUCUCCUGGAGGUGCCUGCCUACUCACUGGGCCAAGCCCGGGCCCUGAUGGACCUGUCUGCUCAGCUGGAGGAGGAACUGGACUUCAGGGAAGGAGAUGUGAUCAACAUUGUUGGUGUCCCAGAGCCUGGCUGGUUUGAAGGCGAGCUCAGAGGCCGCAGGGGCAUCUUCCCAGAGGGUUUUGUAGAACUGCUUACUCCUCUGCGAGCACCAGGAACCUCAGUGGAUCCAGAGCCCACAGGGACUUGUGACACCAAUGGGACAGUGGAGAUGCCCCCCAAGGAGGAGGAGGAGCCAGGGUGCACCUAUGGUGUUGCCCUCUAUCAGUUCCAAGCCCUGGAGUCCAAGGAACUGGAUUUUGAUGUGGGUGACAGGAUUCGGAUCAUAGGCAUUCUGGAGGAUGGCUGGCUGGAGGGGGAGUUGAGGGGGAAACGUGGCAUCUUUCCACACAGAUUUGUGAGGCUGGAAACCUCUGAGCCUUGCAGGGAAAAGGUGGGUGCUGGGGAUCCCCAAGGAGGUGGCAGCUGUGGCGUCACCGUCCAUCAGGACCCAGAAGACACCUGCUCCGAAGCUCUUCCUUCGCCAGGGGAAGAUGGCAGGGAAAAGGAGGAUGGCUUGGCUGCACACCCUGAGCCUGACACCAUUUUGUCUCACAUGGUGGGGAGAACAGAGGGUCAUCUUGGCACAGAUUUGAAACAGCGUCAGGCCUUUCCUGGCACUGGACACCAAGGGCCGCGUCCCAAAGGCACAGCAGACUCCCUCCCCUUUGACCACACAAAGACGGUCAAUGGCCUUCUCCCCGCUGCUAAGCUGCCUCCGCAGCGGGGCAGCAGGUCUGGCCAAGCAGGUGAGUCGGAGCCUGGGGGAACUGUGUCAGCCUCCCCAGGAAACUCAGAAACUCACAGCCUGCCUGAGCGUGAUGGAGACAGUCCCACUGUGCCCCCGCAGGUUCCCCACUCCCCCCCAGAUCCUUGCAGGAGCCAGGCAAUUUCUUCUCCUAACAGCUGGGCAGCAUCCGAGCCCCAGGAGAGCCAGAGCAACACCCAGGGCCUGGACGAUUGGGUGGACGGUCAACAGGAGAAGUCCAAACCUUGUUCCUCCAGCUUGGGAGGUUCCCAGGUGGGCCUGGACACGUGGGCUGGGAGCUGGGGGGAAUGCUGCCCGCUCACAGCGCAGGGGGAUGGCUGCACGGACCUCGACUCCAAACUGACAGAGCAGCUGGUGCAGUUUGAGAAGAGUCUGACAACUACCGGCACUGAGCAGGACAAGAUCUCCCGACACUUCUCUAUCUUGGACUACAGCUCUGAGAAGGACAUUGUCCGUGGGACUCCUGAGUGUGCCCCCCACGCCAGGCAGCCAGAGAGGAGGAAGGCCCUGAGGCCACCCCCUCCUCGGCCCAGCAGCCUUGCGACAACCCCUGUGCACAUGCAGGGUGGCCAGGUGCCUAAAGGCAGGUCUCUGUCCUUCUCGGUGAAGCCCUCCCGGCCUGCGCCCCGGCCUCCCUCAAGCAACCAGCGGAGGAGUGUGCCCCCUCCGCAGCUUCAGCCCAGCGCCCAGGAGCAGCGGGCAGAGGAGGGACACGGGCAGGACUUGACACGGGCAGGAUCAGCUUCCCCCGGCUCCAUUCUUCUGACGAGGAUUGGAGAGGUGGAGCGAGACCUGGAGGCUUACGGCAAGACCCGCGCUGAGCUAAGCCUGAUGCUGGAGGAGCAGCAGGAUGAGCUGGUGAGAGCGGAGACCCUGGAAAACCUUGAUUUCUGUGACUCCAACAUCGAGAGUCUCAGCAUGGAGCUGCAGGAGCUGAGAGGAGAUGGUAGCGUAAGCCUGGGGUCAGGUACCUGCUACACACAGUCCAAGAUGCAGGACACGGACUACAACAGCUGUGGGGAGCUGGAAAGAGCAGCCCCAGGGCCUGGGAUGCCAGCCAGGAGCAGCGGCAGAGCAGAGCACUCGAGGGUACGCACGGGCCGGCCGGACUGGAGCCAGAUCUGGGAACAGGAGGCCAAGGAAGCAAACAGGGUGGGCUCCGUGCUGCAGCGAAACAGCUUCUACAGACGGACGGCUCCCAGUGCCCUGCGGCACUCGGAGUUUGUGCAGACCAGGAAGGAGAAGCGAG